AUGGCACUUCCUCUAAUGCGUCUGCCUAUGCUGUCGCUGCUUCUGCCGCUGCUAAUGCAGUUGAGCGUCGCUGCCAUCGUCGGCCACAGCGCCCAACAGACGACGGAACUAAAGCCGCAACAGCAGCGGGAAGCGAAGGGAGCGGCGAGUGUUCGACUCCUGGAUCGGUUCAAUCAUCGCUAUCCGGACGGCAGUUACGAAUAUCGCUUCGAACUGGACGAUGGCACCGCACGCUACGAACGCGGAUACUUCGCCCUCAUCGAUCAGGUUAAGACGCUAAUGGUGGUCGGCUAUUACUCCUAUCGCAUGCCCGAUGGACGUUACAUCACCGUCUUCUAUAAUGCCGAUCAGUUUGGCUAUCGGCAGAAUCAAUCCAUCACGCCGCAGGUGUAUCCGAAUUUGCCGCGAUCCAUCGAUGUGCCCGGCCACAGUGAGGCAUUAAGCUCGACGUCGCGUCAACAGCAAAAAGAAUCGGGCAGCUAUUAUCCGGCAACAUCCACGCCCCGGUUAGAAACGGUUGAGAAGCUUGCUAAGGCUUAG